ACCUUGUUUGUCGUCCGUGUUCAGCCUGCCCGCUGCUCGGCGCGGACUCUGGGAUGCUGCAGAGAUGGAGUUGAAACGCAAAAACAGCAAAGUGUCGGAUAGAGUUUGAAACAAAGGGAGAGGGCUUGGCGUUAGUUCUCCCAGUGAACUGACUGCCGGAUGGAUUUAAAGUGAUUUUAAGAUUAGGAAGAAAUCAAAAUAAGCUGGUAGUCGCCAUGAAGCUGCUGAAGCCGAGCUGGGUGAGCCACAACGGCAAACCCAUAUUUUCAGUUGACAUUCAUCCAGACGGCACAAAGUUUGCAACAGGUGGGCAAGGAGAGGACUCUGGGAAGGUGAUGAUCUGGAACAUGGCACCAGUCCUCAGAGAGGAGGACGAGAAGAAUGAGAAUAUUCCCAAAAUGCUUUGCCAGAUGGACAAUCACCUAGCGUGUGUGAACUGUGUGCGCUGGUCCAACAACGGUCUCUAUCUGGCGUCUGGAGGAGACGACAAGCUGGUGAUGGUGUGGAAGCGCGCCGCGCUGAUUGGACCGAGCACCGUGUUCGGGUCGAGCAGCAAGCUGGCCAACGUGGAGCAGUGGAGGUGUGUGACCAUCCUGAGGAACCACACCGGAGAUGUGAUGGACGUUGCAUGGUCUCCUCAUGAUGCGUGGCUGGCCUCCUGCAGCGUGGACAACACCAUCGUCAUCUGGAACGCUCGCAAAUUCCCAGAGAUGAUCACCUGCCUGCGAGGCCACACCGGGCUGGUUAAAGGCCUGACGUGGGACCCGGUGGGGAAAUACAUCGCCUCCCAGGCCGACGACCACAGCCUGAAAGUGUGGAGGACGAUGGACUGGCAGAUGGAGGCCAACAUCACCAAACCCUUCAGCGAGUGCGGCGGGACGACCCACGUCCUGCGUCUGUCCUGGUCUCCGGACGGUCAGUACCUGGUGUCGGCUCACGCCAUGAACAACUCUGGUCCCACGGCUCAGAUCGUGGAGAGGGACGGCUGGAAGACCAACAUGGACUUUGUGGGCCACCGUAAGGCAGUCACUGUGGUGAAAUUCAACCCAAAGAUCUUCAAGAAGAAGCAGAAGAACGGCAGCUCUCCGAAGCCCAGCUGUCCGUACUGCUGCUGCGCCGUCGGGAGCAAAGACCGGUCUCUGUCCGUUUGGCUCACCUCCUUGAAGCGCCCUCUGGUGGUCAUCCACGACCUGUUCGACAAAUCCAUCAUGGACAUUUCCUGGACUCUAACAGGUCUGGGGAUGUUGGUGUGUUCGAUGGACGGCACCGUGGCCUAUCUGGACUUUUCUCUGGAUGAACUGGGAGAUCCACUGAACGAGGAGGAGAAAAACAGCAUCCACCAGAACAUCUAUGGUAAGAGUCUGGCUAUAACCAGCACCGAGGCCCAGCUCUCCACCACCAUCAUUGAGAACCCUGAGAUGCUCAAGUACCAGCAGGAGCGGCAGAACUCGGCCCAGGCCAGCGCGGGGGCGGCCAGCGUUGGACCCGAAGCCUCAACCCCCAAAGUCAACAGCGUGAUGAACGGAGAGUCUCUGGAGGACAUCAGGAAGAACCUUCUGAAGAAGCAGGUGGAGACGAGGACAGCGGACGGGAGAAGACGGAUCACCCCACUUUGCAUCGCCCAGCUGGACACGGGGGAUUUCUCUCCAGCUCUGUUCAACAGCGUUCCCAUCCUGCCUUCUGGCUCCUCCAUGUCCAACCAGCUCCCCCCACAACUCAACUCCGACUCCAGCCCGGGACCCGUGUCCUCUCUGGGGCUUCGGCCCAGUCAGGACGCCAUGCUCACCUCGCCUCCACCCAACAGCACCAACAAAGUCCUGGAGGACAACAAAGAGGGAGCGAAGCCCACUCUGCUGCUCACUUCUGCCUCCAAGAUUGAGCCAAUGAAAGCUCUGGACUCCAGGUUCACAGAAAGGUCCAAGGCCACCCCGGGGGUCAUGGCUGCCAUCUCCUCCAUUGCUGGACUCACACCUCUGGACAGCAGGCCAAAGGACAGCAUCUCCGCGCUGAAAGACAUCAAAACCAAAGAAGAGACGAGCAGCGACAGCGAAGACAAGAUGGCCGCCAUCAACAAGAACCUGGCAUUUGGAAAAAGGAAACCCGAGCUGCUGAUGGAGGGAGGAGAGGUGGUGGAGAAAAGAAAGAAGGGACGGCCAAGGAAGGACAAGAUGACCGCUGCUGUCCCACAACCUUUCACUCAGAUAACUCCUCCCCCGGACCGGGAGCCCAGCAGGGCGGUGGCUCCUCCUGCUCCUGCAGUUGUUCUCAAACUGCCGACACCGAGCACGCAGAAGGCCUUCAGUCUGCAGGUGAGCAUGGAGCCGCCGGUGUUCCUGGAGGUGGAGAACGAGGUGUCCGUGGUUGCAGGUUCCAAGCUCAGCCAGCUGCGAUGCUCCAGAGACGGGCGGGACUGGAACGCUCUGCUUCCCAGCGCGGUGGUCGUCGCUGCCGGAAGCAGUGACAUCCUCGCCGUUGCCUGUGAGGACAGGAUGUUGUCGGUGUUCUCUUCCUGUGGGCGGCGGCUCCUCCCAGCCAUCCAGCUGGCCACGCCAAUCUCAGCCCUGCAUUGCUCCGCCCACUUCGUCAUGGUUCUGACUGCUGGUGCGAUGCUGUCUGUCUGGGACGUUCAGAGGCAGAAAGCUCUGGUGAAGAAUGAAUCCCUGCUCAGCAUUUUGUCUGGUUUUGAUACCACAGUGUCUCAGUCUCUGCUGACUCAGCAGGGAGUUCCAGUCAUCGGACUCUCCAACGGGAAGUCGUACUGCUUCAGCUCUUUGUUGGAAACAUGGACUCUAAUAGCAGAUAAAGGAGACUCUCUGGUCCAGUGUGCAGACUUCAGGAGCUGCCUCCCUUCCCAUGAUGCACCUGUGUCCUCGGGGCCGCUGGCUGUCAUGCAGGGUCGUAACCUGAAUGCUGGCCGACUGGCCUCUCGCCUCUCCUCCACCCCUCAUCACCUGCAGCAGGGCAUGACGCUGGCCUUCCUGGAGAAUCAGCUGGCUGCCACCCUGACGCUGCUGUCGGCUCAGGAGUAUCGCUACUGGCUGCUCAUCUACGCCCGCUUCCUCGUCAAUGAAGGCUCAGAGUUUCGUCUCCGGGAGCUCUGUAAGGAACUGCUGGGUCCCGUCCACAAGUCGGCAGCUACGUCCUGGGAGCCGACCACUUUGGGGCUGCGGAAGCGGGAAUUACUCCGGGAAGUUCUGCCCGUGAUCGGAGAGAACCUGCGCUUCCAGAGACUCUUCACCGAGUACCAGGAUCAGCUGGAGCUGCUGCGCAACAAAUAACACACUAACACACACACAGAGACCCACAAACGUGCACGUAGAUGGAAGCCAGUGUGGUGCGCUUGGCCCGGUCCGGUCCGGUUCCGGUGAACUCUGACUGUCCGAUGCAGCUCAAACCUGAAAAAUACGACUCGGGUGUGACGCUUGUCUGACUUUUUUCAGAGCCGUCGCUCUCAGAGAAAAGUUUGUUUGUUUGUUUUCCUUUUUUCAAAUUUCAGUUUGUCCCCUUUUGUCUUUUACUGAUUUUCUGACCGAUGCACCUCCAGCCCGACCAAUCAUGAAGGGCAGGAGGAACCUGAAUGAAAUGUGGAUCAUCAUCAUCAUCAUCGGUGAUGAAGGUCAGAGUGAAGGUCGCUCAAAUCAAACGUCCUGCUGACCCAACGUCUAGUCCACAGGAAAUCCAGGAUGGACCUUUGGGAAAUGGAGACAGAAGGGAUUAAAAUGCGCAGCUGGUUUCAACAUCCGUCCCGGAGAGACGUCGGGAUGUUGGGCUGAAACUAAAAAGAAACGUGAAUAUUCAUCCAUAAUUCUCAGAAGUCCUCCGACUCCAGCUCCGCCUCAUCCCUCUGGAAGCCGGGAACGCCGUGUCAGGCGGAGAAAUAAAGUAGAAAAAGAAAGAACUGUUCUUGUUAUUCCUCUGGUUGGAAUCAGCCGUUCACACCGGAUCAAGUCCUCGUUGAAUCCCGUAAACAGGGGGGCGGGGAGGGGGGGUCCAUGCCUGAAGCUGAUUCCUGACUCGAGUUUGGCGAAUGAGAGAAAAACUACCUGAACCUCUUACAAUGUUUGAAUAAUCGGAUGGAUUAUCAUGUAAGAAGACCUCCGGUUUUUUCCAACCGGAUCUGGAAUGCGAGCUGGAAGCCAGUCCGGUUUUUUCCGAUCAAGUCUGGAAUGCGAGCUGGAAGCCAGUCCGGUUUUUUCCGACCGUGUUUGGAAUGCGAGCUGGAAGCCGGUCUGGUUUUUUUUCGAGCGUAUCCGGAAUGCGAGCUGGAUGCCAGUCCGGUUUGUUCCGACCGUGUCUGGAAUGCGAGCUGGAAGCCAGUCCGGUUUUUUCCGAUCAAGUCUGGAAUGCGAGCUGGAAGCCAGUCCGGUUUUUUCCGACCGUGUUUGGAAUGCGAGCUGGAAGCCGGUCUGGUUUUUUUUCGAGCGUAUCCGGAAUGCGAGCUGGAUGCCAGUCCGGUUUGUUCCGACCGUGUCUGGAAUGCGAGCUGGAAGCCAGUCCGGUUUUUUCCGAGCGUGUCUGGAAUGCGAGCUGGAAGCCAGUCCGGUUUUUUCCGACCGUGUCUGGAAUGCGAGCUGGAAGCCGGUCUGGUUUUUUUCGAGCGUAUCCGGAAUGCGAGCUGGAAGCCAGUCCGGUUUUUUCCGACCAAGUCUGGAAUGCGAGCUGGAAGCCAGUCCGGUUUUUUCCGAGCGUAUCCGGAAUGUGAGCUGGAGGCCAGUCCGGUUUUUUCCGACCGUGUCUGGAAUGCGAGCUGGAAGCCAGUCCGGUUUUUUUCGAGCGUAUCCGGAAUACGAGCUGGAAGCCGGUCCGGUUUUUUCCGACCGUGUCUGGAAUGCGAGCUGGAAGCCAGUCCGGUUUUUUUCCGACCGUGUCUGGAAUGCGAGCUGGAAGCCAGUCCGGUUUUUUCCGAGCGUGUCUGGAAUGCGAGCUGGAAGCCAGUCCGGUUUUUUCCGAGCGUGUCUGGAAUGCGAGCUGGAAGCCAGUCCGGUUUUUUCCAACCGUGUCUGGAAUGCGAGCUGGAAGCCAGUCCGGUUUUUUCCGACCGUGUCUGGAAUGCGAGCUGGAAGCCAGUCCGGUUUUUUCCGACCGUGUCUGGAAUGCGAGCUGGAAGCCAGUCCGGUUUUUUCCGAGCGUGUCUGGAAUGCGAGCUGGAAGCCAGUCCGGUUUUUUCUGAGCGUGUCUGGAAUGCGAGCUGGAAGCCAGUCCGGUUUUUUCCGACCGUGUCUGGAAUGCGAGCUGGAAGCCAGUCCGGUUUUUUCUGAGCGUGUCUGGAAUGCGAGAUGGAAGCUGGUCCUGUUUUCUCUGACCACGUCCGAAACAUGAACUGGUUAGAGAUAGAGGAAAAUAGAAAAAUCCGAAUCAUGAAAACAGAAUUUUUUUUUAAACCAUGCGAACAUUUAAUGUGAAAAUUGAUCCGUUUGUCCUGAAUCAGAAAUCAGAUCCAGGACUUUGUCCUGCCGGGAAUUCCCGGUUGUCUUUCUUCUGUCCUCCGUUAACUUGACGACAAAUCAGGUUUCACAGGUGGUGAAACUGCACAGGAAGAGAUUUUCCCGGCGUUCCCACCGCGUGUGGAAGCUCAUCCGCAGUGGAGGACCCAUGAAUUCCUCUGGUGAUCUGUACAGUUUUCCUUUUGGUUUGUUUAUUUUUUGUGAUGUCAUGUCUCAAUGUUGAUAAACUUUUUUGUUUUUCCUUUUCUAUUAAACAUGAACUGAAAUUUUGCUUUGGAAGAAAAAGAAUUAAAAGAGAAAACCAGUCG